AUGAGUAGCGAACUAGAUACCAAUCAUAGAGCCGCCUUUGUCGUUCGAUCAGAAUCCGGGUUCAACUUCGAGAUACGCUCAACAGAAAUACCUCAACUCCGCCCAUGGGAGGUUCUCGUGAAACUAUCUGUUACUGGUAUCUGCGGUACGGACUUGUCUCUUGCAGCUGGCCAUCUGGGUCCAUGUCGCGAUGUUCUCGGCCACGAAGGCGUGGGCCGCGUUGUCAAGAUUGGCUCCGGGGUAGACCCCAGCGUUAUCAAAACGAACGAUCGGGUUGGCAUAGCCUGGGUUCGUGACGUUUGUGGCCGUUGCUCUUGCUGCCGUGAGCCUGGCGGCGAAACCCGCUGUUUAGAGCAGCAGAACUCAGGUCGUAAAUGGGACGGUACCUUUGCUGAGUACUGCGUCAUUCCCAGUCGUUACAUCUUAAUAAUACCUGAAAGCCCAGGUCUACUUGAUGAGCAUGUCGCACCUAUCCUGUGUGGUGGAGUGACAGCAUACAAAGCUUUGAAGACAUGCAGAGCUGUACCGGGAGAAUGGGUUGCGAUUGUGGGGGCCGCGGGUGGUGUUGGUGGGCUGGCAGUACAGUACGCCAAAUCGAUGGGCUAUCGCGUAGCUGCUGUUGAUGUUGGAGCUCAUGAGGAAUCUUGUCUGACCUUAGGAGCAGAGGCCUAUUUUGAUGCUUCUACAGCAGACAUGGCAGCUAGCCUGAAGAAGGUCACCCCAAACGAGGCGGGAGUGAGAGCAGUUAUCGUCACAGCAGGGUCCGGGAGGGCUUAUCAGAGCGCGCUCGACAUUCUCGCAGUGUUUGGCACACUGGUUUGUGUUGGGAUUCCACCGCCUGACCAAGCCAUGAGUCUGCACCCUCUGACUGUAAUCGAUCGAGGCAUUACCGUCAUUGGAACCUUGGUGGGCACAAGAACGGAGACCUUGGAGGCCCUCGAGUUUAUUCGCAGAGGGUCUGUAAAGCCCAAAGUAACCUUGGCGAGUUUUGAAGACCUUGAUCAGGCUGCGCAUAAACCUGCAACUGCUAGUAAAUUGGUUCUCAAGCUCUGA